AGAAUCCAUCAUCAUUAUCGUCAAAAGAAUGGAACAACAUGGCGGUUCUAGCUCACAAAAACGUCACGCAGUGUGCAUACCUUAUCCAGCACAAGGCCACAUCAACCCAAUGCUGAAACUAGCCAAGCUCCUCCACGCCAGAGGCUUCCACGUCACUUUCGUCAACACCGAAUACAACCACCGCCGUAUCCUCCGUUCACGUGGCUCUCACGCUCUCGACGGGCUACCCUCUUUUCGCUUCGAAACUAUUCCUGAUGGUCUUCCUCGGACCGACGUCGACGCUAAGCAAGAUAUGCCCAAGCUUAUUGACUCCACAAUCAACAACUGUCUAGCUCCAUUCAAAGACCUCAUCCUCCGGUUAAACUCCGGUUCUGAUGUACCACCGGUUAGCUGUAUCGUCUCUGACGCUUCAAUGAGCUUCACAAUUGACGCGGCGGAGGAGCUUAAAAUUCCAGUGGUUCUCCUCUGGACAAACAGUGCUACUGCUUUGAUCUUGUAUCUCCAUUAUCAAAAACUCAUCGAGAAAGAGAUAAUUCCUCUCAAAGAUUCGAGUGACUUGAAGAAGCAUUUAGACACGGAGAUUGAUUGGAUACCGUCGAUGAAGAAGAUUAAGCUUAAGGAUUUUCCAGAUUUCGUCACCACGACGGAUCCUCAAGAUCCGAUGAUUAGUUUCAUCCUCCAUGUAACUGGAAGAAUCAAACGAGCUUCUGCGAUCUUCAUCAACACUUUCGAUAACCUCGAGCAUAACGUUCUCUUAUCUCUUCUUCCUCAGAUCUACUCCGUUGGACCGCUCCAGAUUCUGGAGAAUCGCGAAAUCGAUAAGAACAGCGAAAUCGGAAAAUUGGGAUUGAAUCUAUGGGAAGAAGAGACGGAAUCUUUGGAUUGGCUUGAUACUAAAGCUGAGAAAACUGUGCUUUAUGUUAACUUUGGGAGUCUAACGGUUUUGACGAGAGAUCAGAUCUUAGAGUUUGCUUGGGGUUUAGCGAGGAGCGGGAAAGAGUUUCUCUGGGUGGUGCGAUCUGGUAUGGUCGACGGAGAUGAUUCGAUUCUUCCGGCGGAGUUUUUAUCGGAGACGGAGAAUCGAGGAAUGUUGAUCAGAGGAUGGUGUACUCAGGAGAAGAUCGGCGAGGAGGUAAAGAGGGAGAGAGUGGAGGCGGUGGUCAAAGAGCUCAUGGAUGGAGAGAAGGGAAUGAGAUUAAGAGAGAAGGUGGUGGAGUGGCGGUGCAUGGCGGAAGAAGCUUCGGCGCCACCGUUGGGAUCAUCGUACGUGAAUUUUGAAACGGUGGUUAACAAAGUCCUAACAGGAGCAGUCGUUGUUGCUUCGCCUUCUGUAGCUGGUACUUGUUGUGGAGGAGGAGGCUAUGAGAGAGAGAGAACGAUCGAAUGGAGACCUCAGGGUCGCGGCGGAAAUGAUAAAAUCGAUGCACUUGGAAGACUCUUGACUCGAAUCUUGAGACAUAUGGCUACUGAGCUGAGCUUGACUAUGAGCGGUGAUGGUUUUAUUAAUGUUGAAGAUUUACUUAAGCUGCAUUUGAAAACGUCCGCAAAAAUCCAAUUGAAGUCACAUACGGUUGAUGAAAUGGAGAGGCUGUGAGAAGGGACAAUAAACAACGUUUUAGCCUCAGAUGAGAAUGGAGAGCUCUUGAUUCGCGCAAACCAAGGCCACUCGAUCACGGUAAAAAAUGUAUUAUAUGUCUCUGUUUUUGUUUUCAGAUUUCUUUGACUUUAUCUUUGUAGAGUACAGAGGCUGAAAGAAAGCUUUAUGUUGUUG